UUAGGCGGCCGCGUGCUUCUGUUGCCAGGGAGCCUGGAUAGAGGCGGACAAGAAACAGAUCCAGAACCUUCUAUCAAACACGCUUCUGAUUUCGUUGAGAAUCUCCGACUGUUCGAGAUUUUUUUUUCAAGUCCGACCCGUUAAAUCGGUGAAUUUGUUUUCGCACUAAUAAUAAAACCCUCGGAAAUGACUGAAGCAGCUUUCGACAAUAUGCUGCUCGCGAUGGCACAACAACUGGAAGGAGGAGUUGGCGAGUUCUUGGACACAAUUUUUAGUUUUCUGGCCAGAAAAACAGAUUUCUACUCAGGUGGCGAUGAAAGCAUUGCUAGAUCACUCAUUAUUGAGAAGUAUAACAAAUACAAGCCAAAAGCAGCACAAGUCAAAGAGCAAAAAAAGGCUGAAAAUGAAGACGCUGAUAGAAAACGGAAAGAAAGGGCUAAGAAGGAAAAGGAAGCUUUGAGCAAAUGUGAGGUCAAAGAGUUAACAGAUGAAGAGGCAGAAAAGAUUCAAAAACAACUUGAUGAGGGAAAGGAAAAUUCAGCCAAUGGAGUUAGCACUGAAGAAAGAGGCGAUGGAGAUAAGAAACACAAGGGUGAAGAAGAUACUCCCUCAACUUCAAAAGAUGAGGAUGAUGAGGAGGACAAAGGAAAGCUAAAGCCUAACAGUGGAAACGGUUGCGAUCUUCCGAACUACAGGUGGACACAGACACUUAAUGAAAUUGAGCUCCGGGUCCCUUUGAGAGUCAAUUUCAAAGUCAAAUCCCGCGACGUUGUCGUCGAUUUACAGAAAAAGUCGAUUAAAGUCGGCCUGAGAGGCCAUCCGGACAUCAUAAACGGUGAAUUCGAGCAUGAGAUUAAAUUGGAAGAAUCGACCUGGCUUUUAGAAGACGGAAACUCUCUGCUUAUUAACAUAGAAAAGGUCAAUCAAAUGGAAUGGUGGUCCAAAUUGGUGAUGACAGAUCCUGAAAUCUCCACUAAAAAGAUUAACCCGGAACCGUCGAAGCUUUCCGACCUGGACGGAGAGACGAGGGGUCUCGUUGAAAAAAUGAUGUACGACCAGAGACAGAGGGAAUUAGGCCUUCCAACCUCUGAAGAACAAAAGAAAAAGGAAAUGUUCGCCAAGUUUAUGGAACAGCAUCCGGAAAUGGAUUUUUCCAAAUGUAAAUUUAGUUAAACGCAUUUUCAGUUAUAAAACCAGUGCUAUUUCAUUCCUUAUGCAUCUACAUGAAAAUCUUUCUCGGUCAAAACAAUAAAUAAAUAAAAUUUUC